CCACGGACUUCCUCACCUCCUCUCCAGCCUCGUUAGCCCCAAGCUCCUUAGCAUCCUCAAACAGAAACCUCGAAGGCUGGGAUGGGGUCAGCGCCCUGAAGCCAGCCCCCUCUCUUUUGCCAAGACCUGCCUCUGUGCAGCCCUGAGAGGGCGGCCGAAGGCUGCAGCUGGAGUCCUGAGCCCGAGAUGGAGCCCUGGCUGGGGUCUGAGGCUGCCGCCCUCUGCCCAGGCUGGCCGGCCCUCUUGCUGUGGGUCUCAGCCCUGAGCUGUUCUGUCUCCUCGCCGGCUUCUCCCUCUCCUUCUCUGGUGCCCCGAGUCAGAACCAGCAACAAUUUUGGAAGGACUUUCCUCGGUCUUGAUAAAUGCAAUGCCUGCAUCGGGACAUCUAUUUGCAAGAAGUUCUUUAAAGAAGAAAUAAGGUUUGACAACUGGCUGGCCUCCCACCUCGGACUGCCUUCCGACUACUUGCCUUCUUACUCUGCAAAUUACACAGAUGAUUCCAAAACCUGGCGCCCUGUGGAGAUCUCAAGGCUGGUCAGCAAACAGCAAAACGAGAUCUCGGACAGGAGAAUCUGUGCCUCUGCAGCAGCCCCAAAGACCUGCAGCAUCGAGCGUGUCCUGCGGAAAACAAGGAGAUUUCAGAAAUGGCUGCAGGCCAAGCGCCUCACGCCGGACCUGGUGCAGGGCCUGCCCAGCCCCCUCCUGCGCUGUCCGUCGCAGCGACUCCUGGACCGCGUGGUCCGGCGCUACGCUGAGGUGGCCGAUGCCGGCAGCAUCUUCAUGGACCACUUCACGGACCGCGACAAGUUGCGUCUGCUCUACACGCUGGCUGUUAACGCCCAUCCCAUCCUCCUACAGAUCUUCCCUGGCGCCGAGGGAUGGCCGCUGCCCAAGUACCUGGGCUCCUGUGGCAGAUUCCUCGUCAGCACCAGCACCAGCCCGCUGCAGGAAUUCUAUGGCGCACCCCCAGACCAGGCGGCCGACCUGGCCUACCAGCUCCUUGGUGUCCUGGAGUCUCUGAGGAGCAACGAUUUGAACUACUUCUUCUACUUCACCCACGUUGAUGCGGGCAUGUUUGGCAUCUUUAACAACGGGCAUCUGUUCAUCCGGGAUGCCAGCACACUGGGCGUCAUCGACAAGCAGGAAGGCAACCAAGCAGCCACCAGGGCAGGAGAGAACAAAGACAUCUUUAGCUGCCUGGUUUCUGACUGCCAGGCCGCGCUGCCUUCCUGUGACACCGUCCCUGAGAGGCAGAGCCUGGUGCUGGUGUGUGGGCAGGUGCUGCCUCGACUUCUCCAGGGGAAGUUCCCCUCCCCGGUGCAGGAGGAGAUAGACGCUGCCCUUGCUUGGUGUGGGGACGACACCCGCCCAGACGCCGAAGUCCUUGGGGCCGCCAGCCGGCUGAAGGACAUCUUGAGGCCCCUGAGAACCUGUGACCCCAGAUUUGCCUACCGUUACCCAGACUGCAAGUAUAAUGAUAAGUUCUGAGGGGCUGAAGCCUAGCUGGCCUCCUGGAACAACAUCCUCUGCCCUCUGUUCCCCAGUUGGACUGCUGCAAGGUUGAAAGCAGCAGCUCCAUUGUAGACAUUAGGAGAAACGCACAUUCAUGUCCCAAGGACUGAGGAGCACUCCUGCGACCAGAGGGCAGUCGUGGGACACAGCGUGACUGCCCCCACUAGCCGGGAUGUCAUGGGAGAGCCCAGGGGUGGGCAUCAGAAGACCCCAGUGCGGACUCUUCCUCGACCUCUUUGAGCCUCAGUUUCCUCUGUUCUCCACCAGACUCUUGAGUUAGUGAAAGAAAUCAAAGAUAUGAAGGGCCAGGGACACAUCCUCCCCACCCCGAGCCCAGGUGGUUACAGAAUGUUCCAGAAGCAUGCACAGACACGGCAAAUGAGACAGAACCAUGGAGGUGAAGAGGCUGGCGCGGAGGGAAGGUGAGGCCUCUGGCCAGUAGCACGUUAGACUCGGGCAGGAGGGACCCCUUCCUGCUCCCUGUGCCCCUGCUCUAGCCCUCCUGCCACACUCCCCACACUGCCAUGGGGUGAGGAGACUGCAGGCCAAGGGGGAAUGUGGACAGGACCAUGCCCUGGGUGCCUCGGGCCCCACAUGCGUGCGUGUGAGGUGCUUCAUGGUGUGGGAAGGAGCCAGGGCUCAGAAGAGAGGGGAGUGGGCUGGCGGCCAAUGUGUUCAUCUAGGUCCUCUGAGAAGCAGGUGUCAAGACAGGAUUAAAUGACCAAGGAUUGUAUUAAGGAAGAUGCUUGCGUGGAAGGAAAGAAGGAGGAGCCGGAGACGGCUGGGAGAACCAUCAGGCCAUGCUGUAAGUCUGAGCCCCAGUGAGGGAGAGAAGGUCACGAGGGAGCAUCCUAGACUGCCCUCUGGAAGGUUCGGCAAGGCUGUCAGGGUGUCCUUGAGGCAAAGCUAGCCAUCAGAGGAGCCCUGAGUCUCCCAAGGAUGGGUGGCCCUUAUAUCCCUGCUGCAGGGAACAGCCUAUG